AUGCCGAAGCUCGACAGCAAGCAAGCCGCCUUGGACUUCUUGUCCUUCGUCAACGCUUCCCCGACCCCUUUCCAUGCGGUGAAAUCUGCCAAAGAGCUCCUGGCGAAUGCCGGUUUCAAAGAGAUUAAGGAGAAAGACUCCUGGGCCUCAACAUGCCAGCCGGGCGGAAAGUACUAUCUGACCCGAAACCAGUCGACCAUUGUGGCUUUUGCCAUUGGCAAGAAAUGGACACCCGGAAAUCCCAUUUCCAUGAUUGGUGCUCACACGGAUUCUCCCGUCCUGAGAAUCAAGCCUGUGAGCAAGAAGAAGGGUGAAGGUUUCGUCCAGGUGGGCGUUGAGACCUAUGGUGGAGGCAUCUGGCACACAUGGUUCGACCGUGACCUUGGAGUCGCCGGCCGGGCGAUGGUCCGGACCAAGGACGGCUCCAUCGUGCAGAAACUCGUUCACAUCGAUCGUCCCAUUCUCCGCAUUCCCACUCUGGCGAUUCACCUGGACCGUCAGGAGACCUUCACCUUCAACAAGGAAACUCAACUUUUCCCGAUCGCUGGUCUUGUUGCUGCUGAACUGAACCGGGUUGGCAAGGGAUCAGAGUCCAAAGAAAGCGAGUCCAACCAGACGGAGAAGGGCGACUUCGCACCCCUCAAGGCAAUUACGGAACGUCAUCACCCGUACUUGGUCGAGUUGAUCGCUUCUGAGCUGGAUGCGAAGCCAGAGGACGUGCUUGACUUCGAGAUGAUCCUAUUUGAUACUCAGAAAGCCUGCCUCGGUGGUCUGCUCGACGAGUUCAUUUUCUCUGCUCGCCUGGACAAUCUCAACAGUUCAUUCUGUGCCACUAGGGGUCUGAUUGACUCCGUCGCCGACCCAUCUGCUCUGGAUGACGAGUCAUCUAUCCGUCUGAUUGCACUCUUCGACCACGAAGAGAUUGGCAGCCGGACCGCUCAGGGAGCUGACUCCAACGCUCUGCCUGCUAUCAUCCGUCGUCUAUCCGUCCUCCCUGCGUCCUCCUUCGAAGAAGCAAGUUCCGAACGCUCCUACGUAAAGGCCGGCGAUGUCGAUCUCUCCACUGCUUACGAGCAGACCCUUUCGACUUCCUUCCUCGUAUCAGCUGACAUGGCUCACGCCGUCAACCCCAAUUACUCCUUCAAGUACGAACCGGACCACCGCCCCGAGAUAAACAAGGGCCCGGUUAUCAAGAUCAACGCCAAUGCUCGCUACGCCACUAACGCCCCCGGCAUCGUUCUUCUUCAGGAGGUGGCCCAGAAAGCGGGCGAGAACGGCGAAGACGGCGUCCCUCUGCAGCUGUUCGUUGUCCGCAACGAUUCCAGCUGCGGAAGCACCAUUGGUCCCAUGCUGUCUGCCGCUCUGGGUGCUAGGACGCUCGAUCUUGGCAACCCCCAACUGAGCAUGCACAGUAUCCGAGAGACUGGUGGAACAGAAGAUGUCGGACAUGCUAUCAGGCUCUUCUCCAGCUUCUUCAAGCAUUACUCGUCCCUGUCCCGGACGAUCUUUGUUGACUAG